AUGUCGGGAAAACUUAUCAUGAAACGGAAAUUGGAUAAACAACAAGCCGCAGAGCCACAAUCUAUAGGAUUAGAAGCGAAUAGAGAAGAUGUGGCCAGUGGAAGUAACCGAAGAGAAUCAUUAUCAAGUCCCAAUCCCCAUUUCCAAAGAAAUGAAAACAAUUCAACUCAGGACUCCGGAAUAGAUCAAUCCAUGCACCAAAGUAAACGUCUACGUUGUGAUACUCCUCCACCAGAACCUGAAGAUGAGGAGAUUCGUCAAUUGAACCUAGAUGGCAUUGAGCCAACACAUCAGGAUAUUUUAAAUAAUCAACGUAAUCGUCAGCUACUCGAGGCUAUACAAUCAAAAAUGAUGGAAUUACAACGAGAAUUGGAUGAAUUUGAAGAAGAUUUUGAUGCGUAUGAUCAUGAUGACGGCGAGGGCGAACAACAACCGGUCAUGUCUGAUCAAGAAGCUGAAGCUUUGGGCUAUGCCAUGUGUGCCCAGGAAACCAUAUUAUUCUUACAAAGAGAGGGUAUACCUUCGGAUAGUCUACUCUAUACCCGCCUGCACGAGGCCUUGGUUGGUCGUGCCCAAAAUGAUCGGGCAUUUCAAAUAUAA